UAAAAUGAGCCACCAAUUUCAUUUCCACCUCAAAAAACAAGAAACUCUCUGCAACUUCAAUGGCAGCCAUUACCUCUCUUUCCCUCAAAAUUCCUUCAAAAAUCCAAUCUUUACCCAAGACCCAUUUCACCAUUCCCCUCAAUCUCCCUAUAAAAACCAGGUCGACCCGAUUUUAUUCCGGGUCGCCCCGAAUCCAUUCCGGGUCGACCCGGAUUAUUUCCGGGUUAUUGAUCCAACCUGAUGGAGGUAAACUCGUUGAACUCUUCGUUGAAGAAUCACAAAGAGAAUUGAAGAGAGAAGAAGCAUAUAAAUUGCCACAAAUUAAGGUUAACAAGAUUGAUAUUGAAUGGGUACAUGUGUUAAGUGAAGGAUGGGCAAGUCCAUUGAAAGGAUUUAUGAGAGAAAAUGAGUACUUACAGACACUACAUUUUAACUGUAUACGUAUUGAUGAUGGAUCUUUUGUUAACAUGUCUGUUCCAAUUGUGCUUGCUAUUGAUGAUUUGAAGAAGGAUGAGAUUGGUGGGGUGACUAGUGUUGCUCUUGUUGAUGAUGAGAAUAACCCCAUUGCUAUUCUUAGUGAUAUCGAGAUCUACAAGCAUAACAAAGAAGAACGGAUAGCAAGAACUUGGGGCACCACUGCCCCAGGUCUUCCAUAUGUGGAUGAAGCUAUAACUCAUGCGGGAAACUGGCUAAUUGGUGGCGAUUUGAAAGUUAUAGAUCCAGUCAAGUACCAUGAUGGUCUUGACAGGUUCCGACUUUCUCCAGCUGAACUUCGUGAUGAAUUUACAAGGCGUAAUGCAGAUGCAGUUUUUGCCUUUCAAUUGAGAAAUCCUGUUCAUAAUGGCCAUGCACUAUUGAUGACUGACACACGUCGGCGACUUCUUGAGAUGGGAUAUAAGAAUCCCAUCCUUUUGCUUCAUCCACUUGGAGGUUACACAAAGGCAGAUGAUGUUCCACUUCAUUGGCGAAUGAAGCAGCAUGAGAAGGUACUCGAAGAUGGGGUGCUUGAUCCAGAGACAACUGUGGUCUCUAUAUUCCCAUCGCCCAUGCACUAUGCUGGUCCAACCGAGGUGCAAUGGCAUGCAAAGGCUCGUAUCAAUGCCGGUGCUAACUUUUAUAUCGUGGGACGAGAUCCAGCUGGAAUGGGUCAUCCUUUGGAGAAGAGAGAUCUGUAUGAUGCUGAUCAUGGCAAGAAAGUCCUCAGUAUGGCUCCAGGACUAGAACGGCUGAAUAUCUUACCUUUCAGGGUGGCUGCAUAUGACAAGACUAAGAAUGGAAUGGCUUUCUUCGACCCCUCUAGGCCUCAAGAUUUUAUCUUCAUUUCAGGCACCAAGAUGCGGACGCUUGCAAAGAACAAGGAGAACCCUCCAGACGGAUUUAUGUGCCCGGGUGGUUGGAAAGUUUUGGUGGAAUACUAUGAUAGUUUGGCAUCAGCUGAAAAUGGCAGAGUUGCUGAACCUGUCCCUUCUUGAACAACAACACAUUUGGGGUAGAAAAAUUAGCAUUUUCCCCCCCAGUAUGUGUCUGAAGAUUUAAUUUAGACAUUAUUCUUCAAGAAACAAAUAAUAAUAGUGAAGCAUGAUAUAGUAGGUUGAGAAAAUUUUCUCCAUCUUGUAAAUUAUAAUACUAAAUUUAUUCACACAUUUGUGAUGCACCUAUUUUAUAGGUACUAUGUAGUCCAGAAUUUGGAGUGUCAUUAUAUGCAUUUCAUUCUUUCUGAAUAGAUGAGAACAUAACUUAAGACA